CUGUUUUCAAAUAUGCACAGAGAAGAACUAGAUAUAUUGAGAAGUCAUAUUAGUGAUGCGCACACGACAACAGAUAUUUCAGUUCAACCAGGGCUGAUUGCAGCAUGCAGUUGAAAAGAGCUUUCAAUUCGACUUUAUGUGGUCAAAAACAAGCUCGAAUAGGUAAAAAUCGUGGUUUUUCAUGAUUUUUGCCGGCUUUUCUCCGAAAUGAGUCUGUUACACAUUUUUUCUGUGAGCGUUUUCAAGAUAUUUGUGCAAAACCCAGCUGCAUUGGAGUUUUCAUCUGUUUUACUGCUAUUAAAUUGAUGUGGGCCAUCAAAGAGAAUGGAGCAUCAUGGGAUUGAGCUUAUUAUCGGCAGUGCAUUUCAACAGAAAAGGUAACUCCAUUUCUUUCUGAUUAUAAAAAUGUUUUAGAUCCAGAAGAAGUCGUUUAUCUCCAUGACAGCGCUCCAUAUCACAAAGCAAAUGCUACUCAGCGUUUGCUUAAAGAUUUGAAUAUUGAUUUCUUUGAUCGAACAGAAUGGCCAGGAAGCUCUCUAGACCUUAAUGCAGCUGAACAUGUUGGAUCGAUUUUGAUGGAUAAAGUUGAAAGUCUAAUGAUCAGUGAAAAUGGUUCUGAUCGAAAUUCUCAAGUCGUUCUGCUCAAGCAUCUUCAAAAUGUUCUUCAUGAACUUGAAAAUGAACAAGAACUUGUCAAAAAUUUAUUGAAAUCGUAUCUCAAAGAUUAA